AUGCAACCUCCGAGCUUAUUUGGCGGAUCAAAUCUUCCUUGGCUGAAGGGUCAUCUGGAAUAUCUCAGCGAUGCAUACGAUGAAGAACAUGAUUUGGAUGAUAGCGAGUUCCAAAAGAAGUUUGUCGACAUCAUCCCACCACACUGGACCGUAUGCUCAUUGACAAUGGAUCCAAUCACUGAAGAGUUGUAUGUUGUCCGGCUACAAGCUGAAGUAACGCCCACUGUUGUGAAGCUUCCACUACAACGCUCAGGAAUACGACCGAACGCCGAAGGCGAGAGUAUUGACUAUACAAGUGCAGUCGAGGAGCUAAAGCAAAUCAUCAGCGACAGCGACAAGACUAUCAGCAAUGCCAAAUAUCAUACCGAAAAGUCCGCUGUCAAUGAAUGGUGGAAGAAAAGGAUGCAGCUCGAUCUUCAACUAAAACGUCUCCUAAAUACUAUAGAAGGUGACUGGUUUGGUGGAUUCAAGGGUCUGCUUUGUGGAAACUAUCACGAAGAUGAAGAAGGUCUGAACAAAUUCCAGCGCAAGAUCAACCAAUUGAUGCACAACUUUGUUUAUGACUUACCAUCGACUGGUGGAGAAAAGGAGAAGUCGCAAAAAACCAUGGAUAUCAACUUGGAAAUGUGCCGAGUAUUCUUACGUUUGGGUUCUGAUCCAAGCAGUCGAGAUAUCGACGACAUAAUUUACUUUCUGUUGUCAUGUUACACAAGUCAUGGUAUUGCUGUGGAUACUUUCAGAGCGGACCUAGCACAGGUAAAGAAAAGUUACUGUAAAAGCAUUGAGACCAUGGAAAUCGUACAAGAUAACCAUGUUAUUUUAAUAACCGAUAAGCAUCUGCAUCAGUUGCCGUGGGAGAGUCUGCCUAUCCUGCGUCCACAAUCGGUAUCACGGAUACCAUGCUUGUCGUUCCUGCGCGACCGGAUUAUGAGGAAUCUGGCGUCUAUGGAUGAUGAUGCUGACACAUGGUCGGAGGUGACAAUCAACUGCAAGAAAACGUGCUAUAUUCUCAAUCCUAGUGGAGACCUUAUGCAUACCCAGAAUGAAUUCGAAGCCGCCUUUAAAAGUAUGGAUGGAUGGCAAGGUUUGAUACAAGAGAAACCGCUUGAGCACCGUUGGCAAAGCAUGUUAGAGUCUCGAGACCUUUACUUGUAUUUUGGCCAUAGCGCAGGACAAUCAAUCAUCCGCGGUCAAAAUAUCAAAAAGUUGAAACAGUGUCCCGUGGCAAUAUUGAUGGGCUGCAGCAGCGGUACGCUUAUGGACAAGGGCGAAUACGAUCCUGAUGGUUAUAUCAUGAACUAUUUGCUCGGUGGAAGUCCGGCAGUAGUAGCAAAUCUAUGGGAUGUGACCGACAAGAGUAUCGACCAGCUUACUGGGAAAAUGCUCAAUACAUGGGGUUUACUGAAGCAAAACGCAAAUAGAAGCACAGUAUCGUUGGUAGAAGCCGUGUCGAGUUCCAGGGACGCUUGUACCUUGCCGUAUCUGAUCGGUGCUGCACCCAUUGUCUAUGGCGUUCCUGUGUAUAUUAAGAGUUGA